UCCACUGCUUGCUUGACCAAAACAUCCACGCAGCCCAACAUGCUGCGAGUUGUCACGCGGAGCAAUGCGUGUCUGCGCCAUUGGCAGCCGCAACGCAUUGCCCAGCCAUUGGCCAGAGCAUUUGCUGAUGCCCGAACGCCGGACAAGAUAGUCCUCCCUGGCACUCAAAGCGGCACGGUUGCUGGCGUCCCACAACCUCCGAUCCUAGAGUCGACCACCAACCAACUGAACACCGAUCCCAUUCCUCCCUCCGCCGCACCAUUGGAGCCACCGACACCCGUGCAGGUCAAGUCGAAUGCGCCGGCAUCUUCCACGAUCGCACCCUCAUCCAUAACAUCUUCGCCGCCUCCACCUCCGAAGAAGAAGACUCAUCGCGUCCGCUCAUUCUUCUUCACCUUGUUUCUUCUCUCCGCUUUUGGCUACGCAGGAGGAGUCUACUACUCUCUGGUCAAUGACAACUUUCACGACUUCUUCACAGAAUAUGUGCCCGGUGGCGAGGAUGCGGUGGCAUACUUUGAAGAGCGAGAGUUCCGCAAGCGUUUCCCGAACAAGGACCUCACAUCUCGCAAUUGGCCUCAGACUCGCGGUGAGAAUAAGGUGACCAUCGGGCGUCAGAGCGGCGUGACACCUCGCCUGGCAGAGUCGGAGAACAUUGGCGCGGAUCUGGGUCAGAAAGGGCGGCAUACCAGUGCGCUCGAGGACAAUAAUGCUGCAUCGAAAGAGAAAAAGGCCGCGCCCAAAGACAACAAGGCUUCAUCGAAAGAUAGCAAGGCCAACGCGAAGGAGCCCACAAAGGAGGAUCCAAAGGUAUCGCAUAAACUCUUGCCUAAGGCCGACGUGCCCAAAAACGACGCAUCCAAAGCCUCGUCUCCCGAUGCUCCCGCCAAGGCUGCUCAUGCAAUCGGCGCUCCUCAACUCGACAACAUCAACGUGCCCGAAGCCACGGAGCCAGCUGUGCAGGAGCUCGUCAAGCUUGUGAACAACAUCAUUACUUCAAUCAACGCAUCUCCGGAGGCUCCUAAAUACGCAUCGACACUUUCGGAAGCAAAGUCGAAGGUGGACAGGGUUAUCUCAGAAAUCAAGCUCAUCAAGGAGAAGGCUGCCGAGGAAGCUGAUACUCAAGUCAAGAAUGCGCAUCUGGAGUUCGACAGCGCUGCGAAGGAGCUCGUGCGACGUCUCGAGGGCGAGAUGAGCGAGCAGGAGACCAGAUGGCGUGAGGAAUACGAGCAGGAGCGUGAGAAGCUUAGCACUAGCUACAAGCAAAAGCUCGCUGCAGAACUGGAUGCUGCGAAGAAGGUGUUGCAGCAAAAGAAUCAAAACGCGCUGCUGGAGCAAGAAAUUGCUCUGCAGAAGAAAUUCAUGGACGAUGUGAAGGGCAAGAUUGAGGAGGAGCGAAAUGGACGCCUUUCAAAACUCGACGAGCUUUCCACCAGCGUCCAAGAACUCGAGAAGUUGACUGGUCAAUGGAACGAGGUCGUCGAUGCCACCCUUCAGACCCAGCACUUGCAGGUUGCGCUCGAAUCUGUGCGAGCCAAGCUACAGGAGUCCGACACACCAACGCCUUUCAUCAAUGAGCUUGUUGCCCUCAAAGAGGUCAGCAAGAACAACAACGUUGUCAAUGCCGCCAUCGCAUCGAUUAACCCCGUGGCAUACCAGCGUGGAGUGCCCUCUUCCGCACAUCUGAUUGAUCGUUUCAGACGGGUAGCUGCGGAGGUUAGGAAAGCGUCUCUACUUCCAGAGGAUGCCGGUGUCGCAAGUCAUGCUGCAAGCGCUGUUCUAUCUCGAUUCAUGUUCCAGAAAAAGGCAGACCGAGGUCUCCCUAAAGGCGACGACGUCGAAGCGACUCUCGCCCGUACGGAAGUGUUACUUGAGGAAGGCGAUUUGGACGCAGCAGCUCGUGAGAUGAACAGCCUCAAGGGUUGGGCAGGUGUUUUGUCAAGAGACUGGGUGGGUGAGUGCAGAAGAGUGCUUGAGGUCAAGCAAGCCGUCGACGUGAUCGCAACGGAAGCAAGACUCCAGAGUUUGCUUGUCGAUUAAAACAAGCGCCUAAUCCUCCCAACAACAUUCGACUAGAGCGUCAACAGUAUUGAAGCUUUGUACUCGUAGCAUACGCUCCGCGGCAUUAGAACAGACAAACAUGUAUAGUGUGUGCAAUAGAC